GAGUCAGUCUGUAUGCCAUGCCCUGGCUGGGUCUGGUCAUCAUUCCGAUGGUACCAAUCUACCUCAAUCUGCAGCAACGCUAUCGCCAUGCCUCGCGGGAUAUUAAGCGUUUGUCGAGCAAUGCCAUGUCCCCGCUUUACACACACUUUACGGAGACGCUGCAGGGUUUGACAACGAUCAGGAGCAUGAGGGCAAGUCCUCGCUUUCAGAGGGACUUCCAGGUGAAGCUGGAGGAGAGUAUCAAGGCGCAAUUGACGCAGUCAGCGGCUCAACAGUGGCUGGCCCUGCGUAUGCAGUUGCUCGGCACGCUGCUGGUGGGUGGUGCGGGUCUCCUAGCCGCCAUUACAGCCUCGCAUGCAACGAAUCCCGGUCUGGUUGGGCUGUGUAUCUCCUAUGCUCUCUCGAUUACGGGACAGCUGGGGGAUCUGCUGCAUGCAGUGGCCGAAACGGAGCAGGAACUGGUUGCCGUCGAACGUGUGGAUCAGUAUCUGCAGUUGGAGGGCGAACAGAAUGCCUUGGGCAGUGCAGAUCCUCCAUUUGACUGGCCCACACAGGGCGUCCUCCGCUUUCAGGAGGUUCAAUUGAGCUACAGGGAGCAUCUGAUACCGGCCCUGCGUGGCAUCAGCUUCGAUACGGAGGCGUUCGAGCGCAUUGGCAUUGUGGGGCGCACUGGUGCGGGCAAGACGUCUGUUCUGGCUGCCCUGCUGCGUGUGGCACCGCUCUCCCAGGGAGAGAUACGACUGGAUCAGGUGAAUCUAAAGACUUUGCCGUUGAGUGUACUUCGGGAGAGAAUAGGAGUCAUCACCCAAGAGCCUUUCCUCUUCGAAGGAACUGUGCGGGAAAAUCUGGACCCCCGUCAUGGCUUCUAUGACUCGGAGAUCUGGCAUGCCGUCAAAAACUCGGCGGCGGCUACGCUGUUGGUGCAACAGCUGGGAGGCCUGGAUGGUCGCGUAGAGCAGUGCGGCAAUAAUUUAUCUGCUGGACAGCGGCAGCUUCUAUGUCUCGCUCGAGCAUUGCUGAAGAACGCCAAAGUUGUGUGCAUCGAUGACGGCACCUCCAAUUUGGACGAUGAAUCCGAUCUGUGCAUGCAGCAGGCGCUACGCAAUGCCUUCAAGAGCUGCACUUUGCUGUUUAUAGCCCAUCGGUUGCGUGGCCUGCAGGCCAUGGAUCGCAUUAUUGUCCUAGACGAUGGUAGGAUCUGUGAGGAGGGCAAACCGCAGGAGUUGGCCCAUAAUACAGCGACCAUUUUCCAUGGCAUGUUAGUGGCCCAGGACAUCAGUCCCGAGGAUUUUACUAGGCUGGAUUAGGACACACGAAAAACGAUUGUGAGGAUACUAGCUAAUGUUAGGUAUCCUUGUAAAUAUGUCGAUACUACUUGUACAAUUCUCGAUUGUAUUAUUUUUUUAGUUAAUAUUUAAUUUGUUUUAAACGAUUCACCAUGAAUCACCAUAAUCCAACGAGUUCCGAUUGCAAAUAUAACAAUAUUUUGUUUUUAGUUUUAUUUCUAAAUUUAUUUAAGCCAAAUAUCAAUUUAACAAUUUUAAUUAUAUUUA